CCGAUCUCGACCACCAACCAUCACGAAAGCACAAUCGCAGCCAUGAGACCGCCGCCGCCUGCCGCACCAUCCGCCGGCCGCAUCAACCCGAUCCGUCGCAACAACAACAUCAAGAUUGGCGGGGCUCUUGUUGCCUUUGCAUUGGCCACAUUCCUGUAUUCCAUGAACAAGGUCCGAAGCGACGAGUUCGACAACAUUCCCAUGCCGCCCGAGAAGAAGAACUGAGCCCGGCAUCUGCGUUGAUUCACGCCGGUCCUCUGGCGCAGAGCGGCCGACUUUGUGCCCUCUCGGAGCAGGUCAUGCCCGUUGGCUCACUUUGGUUCCUGGCCAAUACAACUCUUUAGAGAAAACGAGACCGUCCUCGGCUGCAGCACAUCGGAUGGCAAUGGCAAUAGCAAUGGCGGUGGCAAUAGCAAUGGCGCC